CUUAAUUCGGUCAUUGCUGGUAUUUCGAACUUCUGGUGCUCGGGUUUUGUCCUGCCAAAAAAGUGCAUUAGGAUCUUAAACUCACUGUCUAGUGCUUUCCUUUGGAAAGGCACGACUGAGGGUUCCCAUUCAGCAAGAGUCGCAUGGACAACAAUCACAACAGAGAAAAGUGAAGGAGGGCUGGGAAUUCGUGACUUGUUUACCUGGAACAAAGCCUGUAUGGCGAAACUCAUCUGGCUUCUCUUCUUCAGGUCAGGAUCGGUUUGGGUUGCUUGGUUCAGCGCAGCUGUCCUGUCGGAUAACCUUAGCAAAUUCUGGACUCUAAAACCUAACAGCAAAUACUCUUGGAUAACAAACAAGCUUUUAAAGAUCAGAGAUUCAGUUUAUCCAUGGAUAAAGGUGAACGUGGGAGAUGGAUCUAGUUGUCAAUUCUGGACAGACCACUGGAGUAAACUGGGAAGAAUGGAAACUUAUCUUUCAGGCGUCGGACUCUAUCAAAUAGGCAUCCCACGUGGAGCUCGACUAGCUGACUUAUGGAGACGGGGGGAUUGGAGGCUACCACCUGCAAGAUCAGAUGCGCUGGUCAAUGUGCAUAUUGAGCUCUCAACUAUCACCCUACUGCAACAUCCAGACUCUUACUGCUGGUGGAUCGAUGAUCAUCUUAAAGAUUCUCAUACAACAGGAAAUAUUUGUUCAGCUCUAAAAGAGAAGUUACCGACCGUACCUUGGCAUAGUAUUGUGUGGUUUUCUGGAGGAAUCCCUAAGCAUAAGUUCCUCACUUGGUUGUUUGUGUUGAAUAGAUGCCCAACUCGUGAUAGAAUGUUGAACUGGGGAUUGCAGGUCGAUUCCUAUUGCCUACUAUGUGCCGCCGAACCGGAGAGCCGGGACCAUCUUUUCUUUGACUGCUCGUUUGCUUGGUUGGUGUGGCGUACUGUUGCGGAGCGGUGUUUAUUUACCCCUUCUAGAUCGUGGUCUGUGAAGCUUCAGAGUCUCUUAUCAUUCAGGGGACCUCGGGUCUUAAAGAAACUCCUCCUUCUGGCCUGGCAAGCUACAAUCUACACGCUAUGGACGGAGAGCAACUAUCGGCUUCAUCGAAACAACUACAAAUCCUCUGAUCUUCUACUUCGCCAGAUUGACAACAUCGUCCGGAACAAAGCCUCAAGCUUUCGUGAUAUGAACCCGACGCUCUCUCUUGACCUUCUCCACCUUUGGUUCUCCAACUAUGCGAGGAUGAUACCCUAAUUGCAAAAACCUAAUUCCUGGCUGUGAUCUGAGAAAACAAACUUUCCACCGAUAAGUUUUCGGGUGACAAUAAUUGAAGUUGGUUUGGAGUGGUUGGCGAGCUCAACCAUUUUAUUGGUUCAAUUACAACUACUGGUUCAAGUUGUGGUUCUCUUCUAACUAGGUUUUAUCUUUUUAGCUUUACUAUUUCUACCCAGUUGGGCUUCUGUAUAUUUUAAAUUUAUCUAAGUUGCGGUGGUCCUAUAAAACCCUCAUUUGUUUUUUCUCUUAAUUUUUAAUUGAAUGCUUUUUAAU